AUGUCCCAACCAAAACGAAAAUUUUGUCGUGUUUGUCUCAAAGAAAUACGAAGCACCCUAUCAAGGAUCUAUCAUAUACUGGAGCCACCGGAACCAGUAAUAAAAUUACGAGAUGACCGUAAGGCCGCCACAUAUUUACAAUGCUAUUAUUAUUGUAUACGCAAUGGCGGGACCGAUCAUUUUAAUGUUGAUAGUCUUAUGGACUAUGCCUAUCUAUGCACCAAGUGUCGUUUGCAAUUGACGCGUACUUUGGAUUUUAUAAUUAAAUCACAACGGAAUGAAGAUUUCCUAAUGUCUAUGUAUGAGAAGAGUACACAUGUUGUAAGUUAUAGUAGUGCAGAAGCAACAGCAGAUGACGGUGAUGAUGACGAUUUGGAGGAUGAGUUGUUGCAUGGCAACAAAACAGAUGAUAAUACAACAAUUGAUUUAGAAUAUGAAUUAUUCGAUGCACAUCAUUCGAGGAAGACGGAAGAUGAGACACAAAGUGAUGGGAGUCAUGGGGAGGAUGAGGAGGAGACUGACUUGCUUGAGGAAUGUCUAGAUCCAAAUGAUGAAACAAUGCGAGAUUAUCAAAAUUCGGUAGAACAUUCCGAUUCGGAAUUGGAUAUCAAUGAAAUAUUAGAUGAACUAUCAAAAGAUAAUGCUGGAAGUAAAGCAGUAACUACGGAAAAGGAAUUGCAAGGUUCUAAAAACACGGUUGUCGAUUUCGAAGAAGUUCUAAUCGAAACGGAAAAUGCUGAAUUACCACCAAAGAGAACGUUUGCCAUUAAAACACAUUACGAUCAGCAUCGUAAGAAACAUGAAGGUGUACGCUAUCGAUGUCAGGUGUGUGAUAAGGAAUUUGGUCAUAUGUUUAGUUUACGUCAGCAUUCAUUUAAACAUCGUGGUUAUCCGUUUAGUUGUAAAUUGUGUGGAAAAGGAUUACCGGCAGUAUUUAAAAUGCGAGUCCACUUGAAAACAAGGCAUCGUAAAGUAUUCAAUGGGGAAUAUUCCGACGAAGAGGCUGAUCAAUAUAUUAUACGAAAUAAUAUUGAAAAAAUGUAUCCUUGUGUUGAAGUACUUCCUGAUAAAAUAGUGCGUUAA